CUUGGGUACCAGUAGCAGCACAACAAAUCUUUCUCACAUUUCAUUUACCAGCCUCAAGUAGUUGUUUCCCAUUAUUGCCUCACUACACCACAAUGGUUGCCAAAACUCAGUUCUAUCAUGUUUCAUUGGCACUGCUUCUCUGUUUGGGAUUGUGGGCUUUUCAAGUGACAUCUCGCACUCUCCAAGAUUCCUUCAUGCAUGAACGGCAUGAGCAAUGGAUGGCUCGCUAUGGCAAAGUCUAUAAGGAUCUCCAAGAAAAGGAAGCGCGUUUCAAGAUAUUUAAGGAAAAUGUGAACUACAUUGAAGCUUCUAACAAUGCUGGCGAUAAAUCUUACAAGCUAGACAUGAAUCAAUUCGCAGACCUCACAAAUGAAGAGUUCAAAGCACCCAGAAAUAGAUUCAAGGGGCACAUGUAUUCCUCAGCCAUUAGGACAACAACAUUUAAGUACGAAAAUGUGACCGUACUUCCUUCCUCCGUGGAUUGGAGGGAAAAAGGAGCAGUGACACCUGUGAAGGACCAAGGCCGGUGUGGAUGUUGUUGGGCGUUCUCUGCUGUAGCAGCAACCGAAGGAAUUCAUAAGUUGAGUACUGGAACAUUGAUCUCUUUAUCGGAACAAGAACUUGUUGAUUGUGACACAAAAGGUGUGGACCAAGGUUGUGAGGGUGGCCUUAUGGAUGAUGCUUUCAAAUUCAUCAUCCAAAAUCAUGGACUCGAUGCUGAAGCCAACUACACCUAUAAGGGUGUUGAUGGUAAAUGCAAUGCAAAUGAAGAAGCCAUCCAUGAUGCUACCAUUACUGGGUAUGAGGAUGUCCCUGCAAACGAUGAGCAAGCACUGCAAAAAGCUGUAGCUAAUCAACCAAUUUCUGUGGCUAUUGACGCAAGUGGCUAUGACUUUCAAUUUUACAACAGUGGUGUCUUCAAUGGUUCAUGUGGAACUGAGUUGGACCACGGUGUCACAGCUGUUGGUUAUGGUGCUAGUGAUGAUGGAACCAAGUAUUGGUUGGUUAAGAACUCAUGGGGAACCGAUUGGGGUGAAGAAGGAUACAUUAUGAUGCAAAGGGGUGUGAAUGCUACCGAAGGACUAUGUGGCAUUGCUAUGCAAGCUUCCUACCCAACUGCUUAG